GUUGUCGAAUUCCCAGGAGAUGACGCUGGGUAUUUUCCCACAUGUCUGAGACAAGGGACAGAUUGUCCAGCUUUAAGCUACAUCUCCUGGUGCUUUCUUUAAUUUUAUUUAUUUUACUUACUUGUAUUAGGACAGCUAAAUUGUGUUUAAUUCCCUUGUUGUCUCAGAUGCAAUUAAAUGUAUUUGAACAUCGCUGUCCAUGCGUCCCAAACGUGCUAAAGGUAGGUGGUGCAGUUGCGGGCUGUUACAUUGACGCACUGACGCAUCAGGGAAUCCGCGCAAGGAUGAGCUGGUAAACAUGAAGAGUGCCACGUUGGUCAGCCAAUCAUUGCGUCCGAUCAACGAUUGGCUGGCCUUCUUACACGGACAUUUCCGCUCACAGUUCGAAGUGUAGAAAAAGACGUAGCAGCACAGAUAUGAAGGAGCGGGAGCUUAUGCCAGAGCCAGACAUAAGUCUGCAGGAAAACAAGGCGGAGAUGGAGUUUACAGAAAUUAAGGAGGUUACUGUUGGGAGAGAGCACGUGCCAAUGAGGACAGUAAAGAUCCAACAGGGCACUGACACAGCAACAGUGAGCCUCUGGAGGGAGGCAGCAACAUUUCCGUUGCAAUGUGGACUCCUAAUUCGGAUGAGCCAUCUAAGACACAGCACCAUCUAUCUACAAACAACCAACUUUACGAAGAUUGAGAUGGUGGAGGAAGACAAAGUAACUCUCACUGGUAAGGUCGAGGGGGUUUCGAGUUGCCAGGAGGAUGACAACCUAAACAUCGACUUCUCAGAUGGAAGCGAGUUAGUAAUUGCAAAGGCGUUAUGGGAGCCAUUGGAAGAGCAGUUUGAAAAAGUUUGUAACCAAACACUGGAAUUUCUUACUCCACCUAAACUAAACACCCUCCUUUCUACGAGACCGCGCCAGCUCCCGCCCCUCCCCUUCUGCUGGCUUCGGCAAACAACUAGAGAGAGAAACUCCUGGUGGUUUAUCGACUGUUUGGCUGAGAGAUUGUUGGCUGCAUCCUGUGCUUCUGCUGCGACUCAGAGAGAACUGGUUCCACUUGGAUUCCUGCUUUGUCUGGUGUCCUGGUGUCCUCCACCUCUCUUCCCCUCCCCAUCUACCUCUAUCAUUAUUGGACGCUCUAUCUUUCCUGUCACUCUAGUGCAUAUCUAUCUAAUUAUUGGACUCUAUCUUGUAUCCCAUCUAUCCCUGCUCUAUCUAGGGCAACAAGGCCCACCCUCUAUCUUGUAUCCCAUCUAUCCCUGCUCUAUCUAGGGCAACAAGGCCCACCCUCUGUCUUGUAUCCCAUCUAUCCCUGCUCUAUCUAGGGCAACAAGGCCCACCCUCUGUCUUGUAUCCCAUCUAUCCCUGAUCUGUCUAGGGCAACAAGGCCCACCACACAUGAAACCUGUUUUUGAACCUUUUUACAAGAAUUGAUUGUUUGGAGAUUGAUUACAAGAAACUUGAUAUCUUAUCUUCUGUCUUAUUGGACUCUAUUUUUGGACUUUCUGAUAUUUGCAUAUAAACUCUCAGCAGUGUAGAAUUCCUGGUGAGAUCUAUCUGUUCUAAUCCUGAGAGCAUCUCCGCCCUCACGCUCUAUCUCUCCGCUGUUCUGUCCUAUCCUGCACCCUUGCACUUACAAUUGGAAACAACUAAUUUAACUAGAAAGCAUUGCUAUACAUCAUAUACAUUCAGAUCUGACAAACAUUUAACAUUCAGUGGACCAAAGAAAAAACAUUAUUUUAAAUAUUAUUCUGUACAUUUGAAAUAAAAACAAAUUUACUACAUACACAGAAAAUUUGGAUUGACUUCAGAGAUCUUCCAUACUUUAUCAUUUUGUUCAUUUGAUAGAGAUCAGCUGUAUUUAUUGAUCUCCCAAUAACACAUCUUUAAUACAGUAAUUUAUAGUUCACUGUUGAGAUAAAUCUACAAAAAUCCUAAUUGGAUUAUAGUGAAACUCAGAGCACUAUCAUUUAUCUCAGUUUGUUGCUGAUCCUCAUUCUGGACUAACUGAAGGUUUGUGGUCUGUAAGUAUUUGUGUUGCACUCAGUUAAAGAUUAAUUUAAAGAUUAUUGGUGUUAAAAUAUAUUCUUGAAAUAAAAGUAAAAGAUAACCGCUAAAAGUUCCUGGAGUGUGUUUAUUUCCAGUGAAUCAGCUGUUUCCGCUCCGGUGCUACUGCCACUCGACUCACUGCAGGUUUGUUAAAGUCGUGCUAUAAAAGACCACAUCCAGCAUUGGAGAAGCAGUCUGCUGUCUGUCCUGAGCUGAACUGACGAGAGGAAUCCAGACACCAGAAGUCAUCUUCAUCCUACGACCUCACUGCUGCUGCUGUGUUCCAGAUUUGCUCAUAAAACUCGAUAUAAAACAGUCACAGAUCUGAAUAGAGCUUAGUGUCAUAUCUAAAACAUUAGAUUCAUACAGUUCAAUCUAUUGGCCAAACUAAGAGUAGCAUAAAACCAAAUAAGUAAUCUGGUGUAACAUCCGACGUAACUGAUAUCUAUAUAUUUCUGGGUUUUGAAUUCUUGUAAAACCUAGUUAUAAAUUGACUCCUGAGAAAUACUGAGAAUCCAUAUCUGAUAUUUUCUGUCUGCUAGUAAAAGUUACUGGUUUAGUUUAACAGAUUGUAGCUAAUUCAUCUGUCAGAUUAAUUUUUGAAGAUUUGAGGAUUUCAUAGAUAUUUUAAAGAACUUUGUUAAUUGAAGAUUUGAACAAUAUACAUAUUUUUGGGGCGUUCUUGCUUGACCACUUGCAGUGAUUACACAACUUUUCCCUUUAAGAGUUAGUGCAUAUCAGAUUAACAAGCGUAAACCUAUUUGAUUAUUUACACCUAUAAACUUUGU